GACAGAAGCCAAUAUCAGUACGAGAUGGUGGAACCAAGACUACCAAUUGCUUAUCAAACGCAAUUAGCAAGAUAUUCAGGCAAUUUGUUCCCAAUGCACGAGACACAUCCAAAGUGUCAGGGCCUGGAGCGAGAAUAUUUUACAUGCCUCAGUAAUUAUGGCUUUGAUAAGGGAAAAGAAAAAUGUGCUUCAGAAAAACUCAACUUUAUUGAAUGCAAAUAUUCAAUUAAAGCGAAAAAGAGAAGAAUCAUAAUGACAGCUGAGAGAUACAAACAAGGGAAAGAACCCCUGCCAGAAGGACCUGCUCAUCACUAUGCUACCCCAUUCUUGUGAAUUGACAUUGAACGCCUAAUUAAGAUGUUAAAAAUGGUACACAUGCUCUGUACGUUUCCUGAAUGUGUUGAUAAAAUUAACAACAACAAAA